UAUAAGGAGCAGACGAAGGAGGUCUCAGUCGCUGUGAGAGCCAUACACCCCUCACCUGCACACACACACAUAACACACACACACCCACACACACCUACACAGUCGCCUCCACCUCCUGCUCCGUUCCCUUCAUUCCUGCGCACACAUCCCCGCCGGUAGUCUGACCGGAUGAGUUACCCGGUGGACACGAUAGGAAGCCCCUUCAGGAGAGUUAUGGAUACUAGGACCAGCUACGGCUACAGCCGCUCCAGCGGCACCCCAUCCAGCGGAUUUCGCUCCCAGUCCUGGUCCCGGGCCAGUCCCGGUUCCACCAUGACCGCAUCUUACAAGAGGAGCGUGAACAUGCCGGUGUCCCGGGCAUACAGCUCCACGGUGCUCAGCUCCGCCGACAGCGUUGAUUAUAACCCCCCCCUCCUGAACGGAGACUACAAGAGAUCUAAUGAGAAGGAGCAACUUCAAGGGCUCAAUGACCGGUUUGCUGUUUACAUUGACAAGGUGCACUACCUGGAGCAGCAGAACAAGCAGAUCGAGGCGGAGAUCCAGGCACUGCGGCAGAAACAGGUGUCCCGCUCCCAGCUGGGAGACCUGUACGACCAGGAGCUGCAGGAGCUGCGCUCUAUGCUGGAGCAGAUCCACCAUGACAAGGCGCAAAUUCAGCUCGACACCGACCACAUCGAGGAGGACAUCCAGCGGCUCAGGGACCGUUUCGACGAAGAAGCCCGCAUCCGGGAGGAAACCGAGGCAAUAAUCCGUGUCCUGAAGAAGGACAUGAGCGACUCAGAGUUGGUAAAGUCUGAGUUGGAUAAGAAAGUUCAGUCUCUGCAGGAUGAGAUCGCCUUUAUCCGCAACAACCACGAAGAAGAGGUUAGCGACCUGAUCGCUCAGAUCCAGGCAUCUCAGGUCACCGUGGAGAGGAAAGACCUGCAGAAGGCGGACAUCACCGAGGCUCUGCGGGAGAUCCGCUGUGAGCUGGAAGGCCACUCCAACCAGAACCUCCAGCAAGUGGAGAACUGGUUCAUGUGCCGCUACGCCAAGCUCACGGAGGCUGCGGAGCAGAAUAAGGAUGCCAUUAAGUCCGCCCGUGAUGAGAUAGCCGACUACCGCCGGCAGCUGCAGUCCAAGACGGUGGAGCUGGAGUCCGUCCGCGGGACCAGAGACUCACUGGAGAGGCAGCUCAACGACAUUGAGGACCGCCACAACAGCGACCUGGCCAGUCUGCAGGAGACAAUUCACCAGCUGGACAAUGAACUCAAAAGCACCAAGUGGGAGAUGGCCCGUCACCUGCGCGAGUACCAGGACCUGCUCAAUGUCAAGAUGGCCUUGGAUAUUGAAAUUGCUGCAUAUAGGAAACUCCUAGAGGGAGAAGAGACACACUUCAGCACUUUCCCUUAUCGCCAUGCUGUCUCCUCCAAAAUUUCCAAGCCUAAAGAUGCUCCAAAGCUUAAAGUGCAGCACAAGUUUGUGGAGGAAAUCAUUGAGGAGACAAGGGUAGAAGAUGACAAGGCUGACAUUGAUGAGGAUCUAGCAGAGAUAGCACAAGAGCUGUCUUCCACUCAAGAAGAGGGAGGGGAAGAGGGAGAGGAGGGUGAGGAGGGAGGAGAAGGAGAGGAAGCAGAGGAAGCAGAGGGUGAAGGUCAGGAUGAAGGUGAGGAGGAGGAAGAAGCUGUAAGCGCCACUGAAGCCAAAGUUAGCUCUAGUGCUCCCAGUAAAGAGGAAGAAGAGGAGGAUGGAAAAGAAGGUGAUGAGGAAGAAGAGGGAGAAGGAGAGGGUGGAGAGGAGGAAGAGAAGGAAGAGGAGGGUGAGGGAGAAGGAGAAGAGGAGGGAGAAAAGGGGGAUGAUGAAGAGGGAGGCGAAGAGGGAGAAGGUGAGGAGGGAGGUGAUGAGGAGGAAGUUGAGGAAACAGUCUUGUGCUCCAAAGCUCCAGAGUCUAAAACCUCUCCUGCCAAAGAAAAAGCAGGAGACAAAGAGGGCAGUGGAGGAGAGGAGGAGGCAGAGGAGGGUGGUGCUGAAGAGGAGGGUGAUGAAAAGGAUGAAGAUGCAGGUAGUGACAAGGGAUCCAAAAGUGGAGAUGAGAAAGAGGAGAAAGAGGAUGUAGACAAAGGCAAAAAGGAAGAUAAUGAAAAAGAUGAGAAGAAGGGAAAAGAUGAAAAAGCAGAGGAAAAAUCUGAAAAAGCUGCAGCUAAGACAGAGGCUGUGAAAUCAGAAGCUGCUAAACCUGAGGCUAAGAAGGAAGAGGCUGCCAAGAAGUCAGAAUCCCCAAAGGCUGGCUCUCCUAAGUCUGAAUCACCUAAGCCUGAGUCUCCCAAAUCUGAAUCCCCAAAGCCUGCAUCUCCUAAAUCUGAAUCUCCCAAGGAAGGCUCCCCCAAAUCUGGGUCUCCAAAGCCGAGUUCCCCCAAAGCUGAGUCCCCUAAGAAGGAGAGCGCUAAACCUCCAAAGGAAGAGAAAUCAGAGAAAACAGAAGACAAGAAGGUAGAAAAGAAAGAUGUCGCAAUGAACGGCGACAUAGACAAGAGCAGCCCGGAUGAGAAAGACAAAAAAGACGAGGGUGACGUGAUCGCCAACGGUGUCGACGAGAGCCCGGUGAAGGAAGACGGCAGCCAGAAAGUGGUGAUCACCAAAACUGUGGAGACAAUCACUACUGGAGAAGAUGGAUCCAAGCAUGUCACCAAAUCAGUUACCACUGUGACGGAGACGGUGAAGGAAGUGGAGGAGGUGCAGCAGGAGAAGCUGGUCUCCACCAAGAAGACGGAGAAGCACUCCACCCAGGCCGUCAAGCAGGUGACCGAGGCCGAGUGAGUGGACGAAGACAAGGAGGAGGAGGAAGAGGAGGAAGGAUGGAGGGACCAGAGAAGAGGACACGAAGACAAGCAAUCAACCCCAGAACUAACAUAACAAAGAAAAUCAUACAGCUAGAGCGAUGUAUUAAAGAUAACCACUCUCAAACAUAUGAAACCAAUCAUAGAGAGAAGCCAAAACCUAAAUGCUAAAAACUUCAAAAAUGCAUGUUGAGUGAAAGCUUUAAAUGGGCUUCGCUGCAGAUGCGGCCAGGAGCAAGCGACUGAGACAUUUUCUUCUAUUUUUUCUUUCUUUCUGCAGUUCAUGGGUGAGCUCAAUGGGGGGAGGGAGGGGGGUUUCUGCAUGCUAGCUCAGGGGAGGGGAUUCAUGUCCUCUCUUAUGUGUAUGUACGGUAGAACUACACUGUAAAAAGAGUAAAUAUGUAAAAGGAAUAAAUGCACUGUGGGUGGGAGAGUGAGCGAUAUAUUAUUAGAGGUUUUUUGACUUUCAGUAAAGGGGAGUGGGGGACGCCAGGUGGGAGGGUCACAUGUUCUGCUGAAGAAGCCUUAAAUGACAUGUGAAGAUAUCAACUGAGCCAAAAAGAAACAAACAACAAGUACACAAAACACAGUGAAGAAAGACCAGGGUAGUGAUACGAUGAACACAUGAUCAUAUACAUCCAGUACCUGAAGCAGUUAAAGCUUAAUGAACCUGAAAACUACUAGCCUUAAACAUGCUUUCUAUCAGUGUCUGUUAUGUUUACCUGAGUGCAACUGAAAAAAA